AAGUGCUGAUUUUCUAGCAAACAGUUUGCGCGAUUAGUUAGCUAGUUGGAUAACGACCUGUCAACGCUGAAACGUUUUAAUUUGCGGUCACUGCCAGUUAAAUCCGGACAAUGCUGUGUUAAAAAGAUGGGAUGAAACACAUUAAUUCGCGUAAGCAAUGUGAUAUAAACAGAGCAGCAGUUUGUUGACAGCGAGGUCGCAGUAUGGCAGGAAGAGAGAGUAGCUAACUCGCGCUGUUUCCGCUUCUCGAGCCCCUCUUGGUAAUAUCUCACUUCUGCUCAGAAACCAGGAAACGCAGGACGAUGGGCCACAGGACGUUGGGCCACAGGACGUUAACCACUUGAACUGAAGUCCGCUAAAUUGUGGAAUGUAUAGGUUACCACGCUAAUUGCACUUAGCUAGCUAGCUAGGAGAGUUCUUUUGGAUUUACUAGCUUCCCAGUGAGCAGACGUUGAAAAACGUAGCUAGCUACAUAGUUGUGUUUCUUUGUCGUUUUUUGAAAUAAUUCAACAGUGUUAUAUGAGUCAUCAUAAUGCAUGACGCCUACGAGCCCGUGCCUAUUUUGGAGAAACUGCCCCUCCAGAUCGACUGUCUUGCGGCCUGGGAGGAUUGGCUCCUGGUGGGGACUAAACCAGGUCAUCUCCUCCUCUACCGAAUCAAGAAGGAUGCAGGCACGAACAGAUUUGAGGUAACGCUAGAGAAAUCCAACAAGAACUUCUCCAAGAAGAUCCAGCAGCUGUAUGUUGUAUCCCAGUACAAGAUUUUGGUCAGUCUCUUGGAGAAUAAUAUCCAUGUCCAUGACUUGCUCACAUUCCAGCAGAUCACUGUGGUAUCAAAGGCCAAGGGUGCAACACUGUUUGCCUGUGACCUGCAGCAGUCCAGUUCAGGUGAAGUAACGUUACGGAUGUGCGUUGCUGUCAAGAAGAAACUUCAACUGUAUUACUGGAAAGACAGGGAGUUUCAUGAAUUACAGGGAGAUUUUGCGGUUCCUGAUAUUCCGAAGUCCAUGGCUUGGUGCGAAAAUUCCCUAUGUGUGGGUUUCAAGCGCGACUACUAUCUGAUCCGGAUGGAUGGACGUGGCUCAAUAAAAGAGCUUUUCCCAACAGGGAAGCAACUGGAGCCACUGGUUGCCCCGCUGGCUGAUGGGAAAGUAGCUGUGGGUCAGGAUGACCUCACUGUUGUCUUGAAUGAGGAAGGAACCUGCACACAGAAGUGUGCCCUCAACUGGACUGACAUCCCUGUUGCAAUGGAGCACCAACCUCCUUACAUUAUAGCUGUCCUGCCGCGGUAUGUGGAGAUUCGCACCUUUGAGCCAAGAUUGUUGGUGCAGAGUGUGGAGUUGCAGAGGCCACGCUUCAUCACCUCUGCAGGGCCCAAUAUUGUGUAUGUUGCCAGCAACCAUUUUGUCUGGCGACUUGUGCCAGUCUCCAUAGCAAGCCAGAUUCGGCAGCUCCUACAGGACAAACAGUUUGAGCUGGCUCUUCAGCUAGCGAAAAUGAAGGAUGAUGCAGAUGGGGAUAAGAAGCAGCAGAUUCACCAUAUUCAGAAUUUGUAUGCCUUUAAUCUCUUCUGUCAGAAGCGUUUUGAUGACUCUAUGCAGGUGUUUGCCAAGCUGGGGACAGAUCCAACUCAUGUGAUCGGGCUGUAUCCAGACCUCCUUCCCUCUGACUACCGUAAACAGCUGCAUUACCCCAAUCCUUUGCCCACACUCUCUGGAGUAGAGCUGGAGAAGGCCCACCUGGCUCUCAUAGACUACCUAACGCAGAAGCGUAGUCAUUUGGUGAAGCAGCUGAAUGACUCUGACCCCUCCACCACAUCCCCGCUUAUGGAGGGCACACCUACAAUCAAAAGCCGCAAGAAGCUUCUUCAGAUCAUAGACACCACCCUGCUCAAAUGCUACCUCCAUACCAAUGUGGCCUUGGUGUCACCCCUUCUGCGUCUCGAAAACAAUCACUGUCAUGUGGAGGAGAGUGAGUAUGUGCUGAAGAAGGCGCACAAGUACAGUGAGCUCAUCAUCCUCUAUGAGAAGAAGGGCUUGCAUCAGAAGGCCCUGCAGGUCCUGCUGGAUCAGUCUACUAAAGCCAACUCCCCUCUAAAGGGUCAUGAGCGGACAGUGCAGUAUCUCCAGAGACUGGGGGCAGAGAAUUUGGGCAUUAUCUUUGAGUUUUCCCCAUGGGUGCUGAAGAUUUGUCCAGACGAUGGUCUCAAGAUUUUUACAGAGGACCUUACGGAGGUAGAACUGCUCCCCAGAGACAAGGUGCUAGACUUCCUGAAGGAGGGUUUUAAGGAGCUAGCUGUGCCAUAUCUGGAGCACAUUGUCUAUGUGUGGGAGGAAACCGUCCCUGAGUUCCACAAUGUGCUGAUCCAGCUCUACCUGGAGAGAUUACAAGUGCUGAUGAAAGAAUAUCUCAACUCGCUGCCUGAGGGUGUCCCACCUGUGGCUGCAGGAAAGGAGGAAGGAGAGCUUGGGGAGUUACGGAAGAAGCUAUUGACUUUCUUAGAUAUUUCAAGCUGUUAUGAGCCAGAGAUUCUCAUCAGUGACUUCCCAUUUGAUGGUCUGUUGGAGGAGCGAGCCUUGCUUCUAGGCCGCAUGGGAAAACACGAGCAAGCACUUUUUAUAUACGUGCACAUAUUGAAGGACACGUACAUGGCCGAGGAGUAUUGUCACAGACAUUAUGACAAAUCAGCAGAUGGAAAUAAAGAUGUGUAUCUGUCUCUCUUGCGCAUGUACCUGUCUCCUCCAGACGCACACUGUCUGGGUCCGAUUAAGAUGGAGCUGUCUGAGCCCCAGGCUAAUCUUCAGGCUGCUCUGCAGGUCCUUGAGCUGCACCACAGCAAGCUCAACACUACUAAGGCGAUAGACCUGCUUCCAGCAAACACUCAGAUCAGAGAGAUCCGUGUGUUUCUCGAGAGCGUGUUGGAGGAGAACGCCCAGAGGAAACGCUUCGACCAGGUGCUCAAGAGUCUGCUGCAGGCCGAGUUCCUCCGGGUCCAAGAAGAGCGAAUCUUUCAUCAGCAGGUGAAGUGCAUCAUUACUGAAGAGAAGACCUGCCGGGUGUGUAAGAAGAAAAUUGGAAACAGUGCCUUUGCCAGGUAUCCAAACGGUGUGGUGGUCCACUAUUUUUGCUGUAAGGAUCGCAGCGUGUGUCCCACAGAGCAAUGAGACUUCUCAGCUGGAUAUACGUGACACACACCUCCAUCUACUCUUAAGAUUUUUACAUAAGAUUUUUACAUUUGCGUUUUGUGCUGCACAACUGAAAAUGCCAGUGUAUUGGCACAGUAUAGCCACAUUUGGCCAUGAAGAAAAGUUACGGUACCUUGGACUAAACACUUUUUAGCCCUGCACAUGGUUAUGGAUGGUGACAUUUGUUACAGUGAAAGCAAGAUUGCUGUUGCACUCCGGCUUUGAAGACACUUAAGUCAAUAAACAACACAUACUGUCGAAUUAAGCUUUCUUGUGAGAAAUAAUCGUAAUGUCUCUCAUCCACUGAUAUUUUAUUUACUUCUAUUAUUUUGAAGCAUGUUUUUGUCCAGCGUUGACAUUUUCCUUGUGUGUAAUAAUAAUAAUAAUAAUAAUAAUAAUAAUAAUAAUAAUAAUAAUAAAACACCUGUGUUUUGUGUUAAACCAGUCACUAUUGUGUUCUAGCCCAUUUACACACAGACUGUUAUGCUGAGUCAGCUUGCGUGUGCCUCUGCUUCACUGUAUUCGUUUUAGGAUGUUCUGGUUGCAGAAGGGAAACCAGACACUAAUGGGGUUUUUUCCCCUAGUUUCUCACACACUCUGGCAUUUUUUUUUUUUUUUGAUUUGGUCUGAUAUAUGUUGUAAGAGACCUCUUUGAGUCUCUACAUUAACAGGCUUAAUUACAACGGCAUUAGUUCCGUGAUUACAGCAGCAUGGCACUUUUGUGGCUUCUACUUGGCUUUAAUUUAUUCUCACUAAUGGACGAUGCAAGAAAAUAAAGCACUAAUGAUUAAAGUGGAUCAUUACAAGGAGAUGUUGCUGUAAAUGUUGAUAAUCUCAUAUGUGGAAAGGAGUCCUUGUUAAAAUGUGCUUGAAUGUGUUGCGUUUAAUUUGAAACCAUCUCCAUUCAUCCUUUCCUCUGUUGAUCAACCAUGACCUAGACUGUUGCUAUUGAGAGGAAAAGACAGUUGCUUUUGUUUCUAAGCAGUGUAACAUAUGAGGUGUGUUUGAGUUUAAAGAAUGUAUAAAUUGUACUUUAAAUAUGAAUGAGGAGAUCUGGAAAUGCUAAUAAACCUUUCAUGUGCA